CCUUAUGAAUGUAGUGAAUGUUGGAAGUCUUUUAGGUAUAAUAGUCAGCUCCUUAUCCACAAGAGAGUUCACACUGGAGAAAAGCCUUAUGUGUGUAGUGAAUGUGGGAAAGCUUUUAACCGCAAGUAUUAUGUUCUUAUCCACAAGAGAAUUCACACUGGAGAAAAACCUUAUGAAUGUGGUGAAUGUGGGAUGUCUUUUAGGUAUAAUAGUCAGCUCCUUAUCCACAAGAGAGUUCACACUGGAGAAAAGCCUUAUGUGUGUAGUGAAUGUGGGAAAGCUUUUAACCGCAAUUAUUAUCUUCUUAUCCACAAGAGAGUUCACACUGGAGAAAAACCUUAUGAAUGUGGUGAAUGUGGGAAGUGUUUUAGGGAUAAUAAGCAACUCGUUAUCCACAAGAGAGUUCACACUGGAGAAAAACCUUAUGAAUGUGGUGAAUGUGGGAAGUCUUUUAGGGAUAAUAAGCAGCUCCUUAUCCACAAGAGAGUUCACACUGGAGAAAAACAUUAUGAAUGUGGUGAAUGUGGGAAGUCUUUUACCCAGUAUAAAUCCCUUCAUAUCCACAGGAGAUUUCACACUGGAGAAAAACCUUAUGAAUGUGGUGAAUGUGGAAAGUCCUUUAGGCAAAAUAGUCACCUCAUUAUCCACAAGAGAGUUCACACUGGAGAAAAACCUUAUGAAUGUGGUGAAUGUGGGAAGUCGUUUAGGCAAAAUAGUAACCUCCUUAUCCACAAGAGAGUUCACACUGGAGAAAAACCUUAUGAAUGUGAAUGUGGGAAGUCUUUUACGAAUAGUAAGCAGCUCCUUAUCCACAAGAGAGUUCACACUGGAGAAAAACCUUAUCCAUGUGGUGAAUGUGGGAAGUCAUUUAGGCAAAAUAGUCACCUCCUUAUCCACAACAGAGUUCACACUGGAGAAAAACCUUAUGAAUGUGAAUGUGGGAAGUCUUUUACGAAUAGUAAGCAGCUCCUUAUCCACAAGAGAGUUCACACUGGAGAAAAACCUUAUGAAUGUUGUGAAUGUGGGAAGUGCUUUAGUGAAAAUUUUCAGCUCCUUAUCCAUAAGAGAGUUCACACUGGAGAAAAGCCUUAUGUGUGUAGUGAAUGUGGGAAGUCUUUUAGGCAAAAUAGUCACCUCCGUAUCCACAAGCCGGUUCACUCUGGGGAAAAGCCUUAUGAGUGUACGGAUUGUGGGAAAUCUUUUAGCCGAAAAUAUAGCCUGAUGAGACACCUGCGACUUCACACUAGAGAAAAGCCAUAA